AUGGCGGGCCCGGACGAGAGGUGGGGGGCGCGGGGCGGCAACCCGGGGGACGCGCACGCGUCGACGAGCCGCGCGCCCGCGGGCCCGGGCCCCGCCGGGGAGGCGGAGGGCGCGUCGCCGGACUCGCUGCGGAACACGCCCUCCAACAUCGCGCGGCUGGAGGACGCGAUCGGGCACUGCGCGGCGCGCCGCAAGUACCUUGCGCACACCAAGAGCCCCUCCGACGGCAAGGACGUCCGCUGGUACUUCUGCAAGCUCCCCCUCGCCGACAAAGUGCUCUCUUCUUCGGUACCACAGACAGAGAUAGUCGGGAAAGGAGACUAUUUCCGGUUCAGCGAGAGGGACUCUCUGGCACUGGAGGCGUCUUUCUUGGAGAGGGAGGAAGAGCUGCUUGCGUACUGGUGGAGGGAGUACGCUGAAUGCAGUGCAGGCCCGAGAGGAUCCUUGGUUGAAAGUGAUGAUUCUGCAUAUCUUUAUAAGGUGGAGGAAGAGCGGGUUGGGGUUCCUGUGAAAGGUGGACUAUAUGAGGUUGAUUUGAUGAGGCGGCAUUGCUUCCCUGUGUACUGGGACGGUGAAAACAGGCGUGUCUUGAGAGGCCACUGGUUUGCUCGCAAAGGUGGCGUUGAUUGGAUUCCCUUGCGCGAGGAUGUCUCUGAACAACUUGAGUUAGCAUAUAAUUGUCAGGUCUGGCAUCGUCGAAAAUUUCAACCUUCAGGCCUAUUUGCAGCAAGGGUUGACCUCCAAGGAAGUACACCGGAUUUGCAUGCUCUUUUUACUGGAGAGGAUGAUACUUGGGAAGCUUGGCUUGUCUUUGAUACAGGUCCUAAGCUUGGUAGCAACACAAUCAAAUUAAGGCGCGGAUUUUCUCCUUCUGAAUCUGCAAGUACAUACCCUUCACAGGAUGAGCUGCGUCAGACAAAAGAAGAGGAAAUGGAUGAUUACUGCUCUCAGGUUCCAGUUGGUCAUCUGGUAUUCAUGGUUCAUGGCAUUGGACAGAGGCUGAAGAAAGCUAAUCUUGUUGAUGAUGUUGUUGAUUUCCGUCGAGUAACUGCUAACCUAGCUGAAAGAUACUUAACUUCUUUUCAAAGAAGUACCCAGAGGGUUCUAUUUAUUCCCUGUCAGUGGAGGAAGGGCUUGAAGCUCAGUGGUGAAAGUACUGUUGAGAAACUCACUUUGGAUGGAGUUAAAGGUCUUCGAGUCGCGUUAGGUGCCACAGUUCAUGAUGUUCUAUAUUAUAUGAGUCCUAUCUACUGUCAGCAUAUUAUUGACUCGGUCUCGAACCAGUUGAACAAGCUGUACAUGAAAUUUCUGAAGAGAAAUCCUGGUUACAGUGGAAAGGUUUCAUUGUAUGGCCACUCAUUAGGAAGUGUUCUGUCAUAUGAUAUACUUUGUCAUCAAGAAUCCCUUUGGGCCCCAUUUCCGACAGAGUAUCUGAACAUGGAAACAUCUGAUCGGAGUCGAGGAGCAAAAUCAGCCAACAAAGUUGCUCUGCAUGAUUCAGGCGCAAAGGAUCAUGACACUUCUACUCUAGGGCAUUCUUGUGCUGAUAAUGCACACAGUGUCGUUGAUGAAGAUAGCACCAUAACUGAUGUGUCACAUAUGGACAGCAUCCUCCCGUCAUGUGUGCUCGAGGAUUCACCAAAUAACCAUGAAAUUGUUGUGCCACGUGGUGCAGUUGUUGCUGAGCAAAAUGAAGAAGAAAAUAAGGUUGAUAAUCAUCAGACGGUGUAUACUGAGGAAGGAACAACUUCAGGUGUAAGCACAAAAGAUGCUGAAGGAUCAAGCAUUUCAAGAUCUGCUGAGGAAGUCGAUGAAGAGGUCCUUGACGAAGAAAAAUUGAUGGUCCUUGACAAAGACAAAUUGAUCAUUUCACUAGAAGAAGAGGUGAAACGUCUUAAAGCUAGACUAGAUAGUCUUGAACAACAAAAUCAUCUAGUGACUGAAAGCACCAGUGGUGUUGAGUAUCAUGAAGGCAAAAAUGGCAAUCAUGCCUUGAACUCUGGCAAACUUUUCACGGUGCAAGGAAGUUCAAACCAGUCCUACUCACCACAAAUCAAAUACACAAAACUAAACUUUAAGGUUGACACAUUCUUUGCUGUUGGAUCUCCCUUGGGUGUCUUCCUUUCCCUGCGUAAUGUCCGUAUUGGUAUUGGCAAAGGGCAAGAUUAUUGGCAAGAUGAGAACAUAAUUGAAGAGAUGCCAUGCUGCCGGCAGAUGUUCAAUAUUUUUCAUCCUUUUGAUCCUGUAGCAUACAGAGUUGAACCACUUGUAUGUGAAGAUUAUCUAAAGAAGCGUCCUGUAAUUGUUCCCUACCAUAGAGGCGGAAAGCGGAUACAUGUUGGAGUGCAGGAGUUCAGAGAAAAUAUUUCUGCACGUUCUCAAGCCAUUGCCCAUCAAUUGAAGUCACUGAAGGUCAAAGCAGUAGCUGCUAUGCUAGCAUUGAGCAGAAAUGACACAGAAGAGGAUGGUGAGAGUGCUAAUGAGAAAGAAAGAUCAUAUGGUUCCAUUAUGAUGGAAAGGUUGACCGGUUCACCGGAUGGUCGAAUUGAUCAUGUGCUUCAGGAGAAAACAUUUCAGCAUUCAUAUCUAUCUGCUCUGGGAGCUCAUACCAACUAUUGGCGAGAUCAUGAUACUGCUCUCUUCAUUCUCAAACAUUUGUAUCGUGAUAUACCUGAGGAUCCUCCAAGCGACGUCAUUGAAAGGAUGCCUAUUAAACUAUUUUAUGAGAGAAAUCCAGUUGAGGAAGAAACGCCAGUGACAUUUUCAGAUCAUGCAGCAAUUAAAGAAUUCUGCAGAAAGGGGUCAUUUUCUGAUGGAAACCAUGUUACGACCCCACAGUCCUCACCAAGCAAAAGUAAGAUGCAGACAUGGGACGGAAGAACCCCACGGUCCUCGCCAAGCAAAAAAAAUGUAGGAAGUGCUAACCAUAUAGUUUCAGAAAAUGUAGGAAGUGCUGGAAACUACUUCAGGCUGUUGAUCAUAGGCUCAGGUCAAAAUACUCUGUAA